GUUUGGGAUCAUUUAGAGUCCUUUGACACUCCGUUGAAAAUUGAAUAUUCCUUUAAAGUAACACUGUUUUUCACUGUGCAUCUUUUUGGAUGUUUAUCGUGUAUAUAUUGUAUUUACUUUUUUAGCGUACAGUACAUAACCCUGACAGCUAUUGUUAUUAUUACUUAUUUUGUUUCUUACAGCAUUAUUGACUCCUAUGCACAUGUAAAACAUUAAACUUGAACUCACCUAUUAAUUAAACAGGUUUUCCCUACAGCCAGAUCGCCAACUACAAUGACUUUGGAGAUUUUAAACCUGCUGGUCAAACAAGAAAAAGAGCAACAGAUAAAGUAAUGCUGCAAACUCCAUCCAGUCACUGGUUAAAAUGUGAAACGUCUAUCCGAUGAAAAGUGAUUCGGCACAACACAAUUAUAGUGCAUCUUUGUCGCAGACGCAAUGAUGAUGCACUGGUGAUCUUGAAGGAAAUCCCAGUAGAGCAGAUGACUCGUGAUGAACGUCUCGCAGCUCAGAACGAAUGCCAGGUUCUCAAGUUACUCAACCACCCCAACAUAAUCGAGUAUUACGAAAACUUCCUCGAGGACAAGGCACUGAUGAUCGCAAUGGAAUACGCUCCAGGGGGAACCCUGGCAGAUUACAUACAGAAGCGUUGCAACUCCCUGUUAGAUGAGGACACCAUAUUACAUUUCUUUGUACAGAUCUUACUUGCUCUUUACCACGUGCACAAUAAACUCAUCCUACAUCGGGACCUCAAAACCCAGAACAUCCUACUAGACAAGCACCAGAUGAUAGUCAAAAUAGGUGACUUUGGAAUCUCAAAAAUUCUUGUGAGCAAGAGCAAAGCUUACACUGUUGUGGGUACACCAUGUUAUAUAUCUCCGGAACUAUGUGAAGGAAAGCCAUACAACCAGAAGAGUGACAUUUGGGCCCUAGGCUGUGUUCUUUAUGAGCUUGCUAGUCUCAAGAGAGCUUUUGAAGCAGCAAAUCUGCCAGCCUUGGUGCUAAAGAUCAUGAGUGGCACCUUUGCCCCCAUUUCAGAUCGUUAUAGCCCAGAGUUAAGGCAGUUAAUCCUCAACAUGCUGAAUUUGGAUCCAUCCAAGCGGCCCCAACUCAAUGAGAUAAUGGCCCAUCCCAUUUGCAUCAGGCCAUUGCUCAAUCUCUACACUGAUAUAGGCAAUGUCAAAAUGCGCAGAAUCGAAAAGCCCCUGUCUAGUGUACAGGCAGGUUCUCAUGGAAGACCUGGUGCACGGGGAACCGGUAACAGAACCAGAGGUGGGCUUUCCAGUUUAACUUCAACAAAGAUGAUGCAUCCAUUGCCUUUGUCUGCAGUGUACACCUGGGGCAGUGGUAUCUCCCCUCCUCUGCGUCUGCCCAUGUUAAACACAGAGGUUAUCCAAGUCUCCCUGGGUCGUACCCAAAAAAUGGGCGUAACUAAAUCUGGGAGGCUCAUCACUUGGGAGGCCCCCUCCGUCGGAUCUGGUGAGCCUGCUUUGCCUGGUGCUGUUGAGCAGAUGCAGGCGCAGUUCAUAUCCCGCUUCCUGGAGGGUCAGUCUGGUGUCACCAUCAAAUCUGUAUCAUGUGGUGAUCUUUUCACCACCUGCUUGACAGACAGGGGAAUAAUCAUGACGUUUGGGAGCGGAAGCAAUGGGUGUCUCGGCCAUGGCAAUUUCAAUGAUGUGACACAGCCCAAGAUAGUGGAAGCUCUUCUGGGUUACGAGUUGGUUCAGGUGUCCUGUGGAGCAUCUCAUGUACUGGCUGUUACCAAUGAGCGAGAGGUUUUCUCCUGGGGGAGAGGAGACAAUGGUCGGCUGGGUUUGGGCACUCAGGACUGUCACCACUCACCCCAGCAGGUGAGUUUGCCAGCUGAUUUUGAAGCCCAUCGAGUGCUGUGUGGAGUGGACUGUUCAAUGGUCAUAAGCACACAGCAUCAGAUUCUGGCCUGUGGGAACAACAGAUUUAACAAACUGGGUUUGGACGAGGUCUCGGGCACAGAAGAGCCCGCAUCUCACUGUCAGGUGGAGGAGGUUCAUAUGUUCCAGGCUGUCCGAUCAGCUCCUCUAAACGUUGAGAAGAUUGUUUACGUCGACAUUGGAACAGCACAUUCUGCCGCAGUCACAGAGAAGGGUCACUGUUUCACCUUUGGCAGUAACCAGCAUGGCCAGCUUGGCUGCAGUUCCCGCAGAGCCACUCGAGUGCCAUAUAAAGUCCCAGGACUGCAGGGGAUCACCAUGGCAGCGUGUGGGGACGCCUUUACUCUGGCAAUCGGUGCAGAGGGGGAGGUGUACACCUGGGGUAAAGGGGCACGCGGUCGACUCGGCCGAAAAGAAGAGGAUUCUGGGAAACCGAAGGCUGUGCAGCUCGACGAGAGCCACCCUUUCACUGUCACGUCAGUGGCCUGUUGCCAUGGAAACACACUCUUGGCUAUAAAACCAUUUUUUGAAGAGCCUGUUCCAAAGUAACAUGACUGAAGUAACUCAACGCACUGAACAGAAGAUGGUUAUGGUCUUAUCUAUAAGGAAGGACUAGAGGAUUGUUCAUUGAAGAAGUGCAAAAUAUGCAGUAUUUGUAAAGUGAAAUAUCAUUAAGUUUCAAUAGAAGUGCCUCUUUUUGUACAGACCAAUAGACUGAAGACCGGCACAUUAAGUAGCAAUGUAUAUAAGUCAAAGUAUUAGCCAAGUGUUUACAAGAAGAGAAAGGGAUGGAAAAAUAAUUCUGUGACCUUAAAAUGUGGAAGUAAAACGGAAAAAAUGAUAAUAUGAAGAUAAAAAGAGCUGCAAAAGUUGCACAUAACUGUGGAAAACAAACACAAUUUUUAUGUAAAAAAGCAUAAAUAUAUUACUAGACAUUUUGACAGUCAGUUGUCAAUAAAUAAAUACAUAAAAAAUAAAACAAAAGAAACCAUUGGAAAUGAAUAACUGGAACCUUCUGGGAAUCACCUAAAUAAUAUAUUCAUUAAGUGUUUCUAUUAUUAUAGCUGUAACAAUAAUAAAUAUUUAUGUAUAUCAUAUAUAAUGCAUAAAAAGCAGCGUCAUGUUUAUUCUCAAAUGAAUACCAUCAACAUGGCACGCAACACACAAAGCUCAUGGAUACGUCAUGCUAUGAUGUAAUUCAUGUGCAAUGCGUGAUGCUCAUCAAGUGUCUGUGUCCAGUGACCGCGUUUGUUCAUGCCUAUGGUUCAUGCAAUGCAUAUUUAACUACGGUCAGCAAAGCCAGCUUAGAGACAGUAUGUUUAAUAAAACUGAACUAUUAAUAUUACAUAAAUGACACGGUUUGUGUUUUUUAUUUGACGUACCGUGUAAGAUUGCUAUGUAUGUUGCUCGCCAAUAGAGGGAGUCAUUUCUCUUACUAAUAAUUCAUUUUCCUUACAAACUCAUGCAACCUUUUGUUUCCAUUCGGAUAAUUGUCUUUGUAUGCACACUUGCAUUAGUAAAUAUUAUUAAUUAUUAUUUAACAAAGGAAAAUAAAUAUAUU